GUAUAUAACGCCUCGGAGGAGUCAAAAAUCAUAUUAGUGAUAAAUAUUCCAGUCAAAUAUGUACUUUGCUGUAUUUUUAAUUGCAACUGCAAUAAGCAACUUUGGGGUCAACGCAAAUCCAGUUUGUCCCAAACAAGAUGGAAAAGACGCUGUUUACAUCCCACACGAAGAUUGCACCAAAUUCUGGGAAUGUUCAAAUGGUACUCCGUAUCUCUUUAACUGUUCUGCCAAUUUGCACUUUAAUCCCAAACUGAAUGUCUGCGAUUGGCCAGAACAAGCAGGGUGUAAAGGAAGUGGUGAAGAUAGUAGCAGUAGUAGUAGUAGCAGCAGCAGCAGCGAGAGCAAAGAAUCUGGAGAAAACUCUAAAGGAAAAGACGAUGAAAAAGAUCAGAGUGGUGACAGCAGUAGUGGCAGUAACAGCAGCAGCAGCAGCAGCAGCAGCGCAAGUAGUGAAGAAGGUCCUGAAUGUCCCUCAGUAGACGGUGCGACUCCAGUUUAUAUACCACAUGAAGACUGUACGAAAUUCUGGCAAUGUUCAAAUGGCACUCCGUAUCUUUUCGAUUGUCCUGCCAAUUUGCAUUUUAACCCCAAACUGAAUGUUUGCGAUUGGCCAAAUGACGCAGGAUGCAAAGGAAAUAUUGCGGAAAACSUUGCUUUGGACGAAAUGUUAGCAGCCGGUCAAGAAGAGCGUGCAUUGGCAAUUGAAGCCGGUGAAAUUGAUGAAGAUGGAGUACCUUACAUUACGGUUGUCGUAGACGGUGCUUGGUCUAAACGUUCGUAUAAAUCAAAUUACAACGCAUCAUCUGGUGUUGCAACAAUAGUCGGUGCUAGAAUAGAUGGAAAAGAUUCUGUCUACUUCCCACAUGAAGACUGUACCAAAUUCUGGCAAUGUUCUAAUGGUGUCCCCUAUUUGUUUAAUUGCUCUGCAAAUUUGCAUUUCAAUCCUAAAUUAAAUGUUUGCGAUUGGCCGGAUCAAGCAGGUUGURAAAAMAAAGAAGAUAGUAGCAGCGGUAGUAGCAGCAGCAGCAGYGAGAGCAAAGAAUCUGGAGAAAACUCUAAAGGAAAAGACGAUGAWAAAGAUCAGAGUGGUGACAGCAGUAGUGGCAGUAACAGCAGCAGCAGCAGCAGCAGCGAAAGUAGUGAAGAAGGUCCUGAAUGUCCCUCAGUAGACGGUGCGACUCCAGUUUAUAUACCACAUGAAGACUGUACGAAAUUCUGGCAAUGUUCAAAUGGCACUCCGUAUCUUUUCGAUUGUCCUGCCAAUUUGCAUUUUAACCCCAAACUGAAUGUUUGCGAUUGGCCAAAUGACGCAGGAUGCAAAGGAAGAAAAUAAAUUAUGUAUUGAAGUAUCCAUUAUUGGAAAA